GCUUUAAUAAAAAGCUGUGCUGCUAGUGGUAGCUUUUCUCUCUCAGCGUGUGAGUGUGUGUGAGUGUGUAUUCUCCUUUAGCUUUAAUCACGCACUGCUGCAGCAAUGGCCCUGCUGAAAUCGAGCAAGGUUCUCUCAGCUGUUGGGGCGUAUAGCCCCGCUCUGGGAGUCUUUCCUCUACGGGCAAGCUCGUGGUGGUCUGAAGUACAGAUGGGCCCACCUGACCCCAUCCUUGGAGUGACUGAGGCCUUCAAGCGUGAUACCAACCCCAAGAAGAUGAAUCUUGGAGUGGGGGCUUAUCGUGACGAUCAGGGAAAACCCUAUGUUCUCAACUGCGUCCGCAAGGCUGAGGCCCAGAUUGCGGCUAAGAAGCUGGACAAAGAGUACCUUGCUAUUGGAGGCCUGGCAGAUUUCAACAAGUCCUGUGCUCAGCUGGCUCUAGGAGCUGACAAUGAAGUCCUGAAGAGUGGCAGAAGUGUCACUGUCCAGACCAUUUCAGGAACCGGAUCUCUGCGUGUUGGAGCCAAUUUCCUGUCUCGGUUCCACAAUGCAGCGCGAGAUGUGUACUUGCCCAAGCCUUCAUGGGGCAACCACACACCCAUCUUCAGGGAUGCAGGCAUGCAACUGAAGGCUUACACCUACUAUGACCCAAAGACUUGCGGUUUUGAUUUCAACGGAGCCAUUAAUGACAUCUCGAAAAUCUCAGAGAAGAGUGUGAUUGUUCUGCAUGCAUGUGCUCACAAUCCUACUGGAGUUGACCCAAAACCAGAACAGUGGAAAGAGAUGGCUGAUGUGAUCAAGAAACGAAAUCUGUUGGUGUUCUUCGACAUGGCCUACCAGGGCUUUGCGAGUGGGGACAUUGACCGGGAUGCUUGGGCUGUGCGCCACUUUAUUGAACAAGGCCACAAUAUUGUUCUCUCCCAGUCGUUUGCUAAGAACAUGGGACUGUAUGGUGAGCGUGUGGGAGGUUUUACUGUUGUGUGUAAGGAUGCUGAGGAGGCCAAGCGAGUGGAGUCCCAGCUGAAGAUCCUCAUCCGUCCUAUCUACUCAAACCCACCUAUGAAUGGAGCUCGCAUUGCAGCAACCAUCCUUAACACACCUGAACUCUACAGUGAGUGGUUGGUUGAGGUGAAAAGCAUGGCAGACCGCAUAAUUAAAAUGAGGGAGAUGCUUGUCUCAAACCUUAAAAAGGAGGGCUCUACUCUUAACUGGCAGCACGUCAUUGACCAGAUUGGGAUGUUCUGCUUCACUGGCCUCAAGCCAGAGCAGGUGGAACGUCUAAUUAAUGAGUACUCUGUCUACAUGACAAAGGAUGGACGUAUCUCGAUGGCAGGUGUGACCUCCGGAAACGUGGCCUACCUUGCACAUGCCAUCCAUGCCGUUACCAAGUAAAUCAAAUCUGUUGAUGUUGUAUACUGUAGUGAAGAUAGACACGAAAAUGCUUCCCUUCAUUUAAACUGGGAUUUAUUUUGGAAGGGUGCUAAGUAGGACUAUCCUGUUUUCAUGUCAACUCAUCUUGAUAUUAUUGUUUACCUGUAAAAUAAAGAAAUUAAGGAUUGAAAGCAAUGCACUUAUGAAUUUCACUUUGAGCAAUGAUAAAAAUCUGACUAUUGAUAUUAAAGUUCCCAAAGAGCAGUAUUUCUUUAUGGCUCUAGUUUUAAUAUAUUGUCUGUUAUUUUUCUGAAUUUAAAGCACUUAAAAGUAAACUAUAUAAAGACAUUAGCAUGAGCCAGCUGGUCUGCCCAUUUACAGCAAUUGCAAUUUAUCUAAUGAUUGGAUUCAUGUUCUUUUGUCCCAGUAAACUCAUGGGUAUUUAAUUCUACAAGAAGCAAAAGCACUUUUUUUUAGUGGGGAAUGAGUUCAGAAGCGGUGGAUAACAGACUAGCUGCAGGGUAUGUAUUGGAUGUCAUCCAUUGUGUGUAAUUUGUCAUUGUUAAAGCACUUGUUCUAUUCCGCGAAAUGUAGAUUGUAUAUCUACAAGUUGUAUACUGUUACAGCUAAAUCAACAUUUUGGCAAAGAAUAAUCAUAAUUUCAAUUAUUUUGCACAUCUGAUUCAACUACUGGUGGAUAUGGAUUUUGUAAGUUUAAAUACAUAUAUAAAUAUAUAAAGAAUCUGAUUGGUCAUCAGUUAUUUAAAAAAGUCAAAAUGUUCUCAAAUGUGAAAUGUUCUAUGUAUAACAACUCUUAUUAUGUGCAGUAAACAAAUAAAGAUGAGCCUAUCAAACCAA